AUGAGGAGAAAUAAUAAAAGCAGUGUGUCUGAAUUCCUCCUCCUGGGGCUCCCUAUCCAGCCAGAGCAGCAAGACAUAUACUUUACCCUCUUCCUAGGUAUGUACCUCACCACGGUGCUGGGAAACCUCCUCAUCAUUCUGCUCAUCAGACUGGACUCUCACCUCCACACCCCCAUGUACUUCUUCCUCAGUCACUUGGCCUUCACUGAUGUCUCCUUUUCAUCAGUCACAGCCCCAAAGAUGCUGAUGAACAUGCAAUCACGGAGACAAUCCAUCUCAUAUGCUGGCUGCAUUUCCCAGGUGUAUUUUUUCUUAUUUUUUGGAGAUAUUGACAGCUUACUUCUCACCUCUAUGGCCUAUGACAGGUAUGUGGCCAUUUGUCACCCCCUCCACUACACCACCAUCAUGAGUCAGAGCCUGUGUUUUUUGCUAGUCAUUUUGUCCUGGGUCCAGUCCUUUGCCAGUGCUCUAUUGCAUACCCUGCUCCUUGCUCGUCUCUCUUUUUGUGGAGACAACACUCUCCCACAUUUCUUCUGUGACCUCUCUACCUUAUUUAAGCUGUCUAGUUCAGACACUACAACCAAUGAACUGGUUAUCUUUACUGUAGGGGGUGUGGUCAUUACCCUUCCAUUCAUAUGCAUCCUGAUCUCUUAUGGCCGGAUUGGGGUUACCAUUCUGAGAGUCCCCUCAGCCAAGGGAAUCUGCAAAGUCUUGUCCACUUGUGGUUCCCACCUGUCUGUUGUGUCUUUGUACUAUGGGACAAUUAUUGGACUUUACUUUUUCCCUUCAUCCAGUAAGUCCAAUGACAAGGAUGUCAUUGUGGCUGUAUUAUACACUCUGCUUACUCCCAUGCUAAAUCCCUUUAUCUAUAGUUUGAGGAACCGGGACAUGAAAGGCGCUCUGGGAAAUAUACUCAGUAGAAGAAUGUUUUUAUCAUGA